CCAAAUUCCUGGCACUGAGACAGAGCUGGGGAUAGGUUACACCACUCUGCCCUGACCCUGGGAUUGGUACCAGCUUCCGACCAGUGCCCAGCAAAGCCUAUCCUUGUGAUGGCCACGAACACUACAUCUCCUGCAGCACCUUCCUCACAAAGCGUCAUGUUCAUCUCUCUGCUGGCUAUCAUCCUGCUGUCAGUGGCUCUGGUUGUGGGGCUCCCUGGCAACAGUUUUGUGGUGUGGAGCAUCCUCGUAAAGAUGCGAAAGCGUUCUGUCACUGCCCUGCUGGUGCUGAACUUGGCCCUGGCUGACUUGGCCGUAUUGCUCACUGCCCCCUUUUUCCUCUACUCCCUGGCCCGAGGCACCUGGACUUUUGGAGUGGCUGGCUGCCGCCUAUUCCACUAUAUUUGUGGAGUCAGCAUGUAUGCCAGCGUUCUGCUUAUUGCGGCCAUGAGCCUGGACCGCUCUCUGGCGGUGGCCCUCCCCUUUGUGUCCCAGAAGCUGCGUACCAAGACGUUUGUCUGGCGGUUGCUGGCAGGCAUCUGGGUGGUAUCAUUUCUGCUGGCCACACCCGUCAUCGUAUACCGCAGUGUGGUACCGAAAGGCAGGAGCCUGGUCUGCUUUCCAGUAUACUCCAGCGAAAGUCACAAGGUCUUCCAUCUGCUCUUCGAGGCCAUCACGGGCUUCCUGCUGCCCUUCCUGGCCGUGGUGGCCAGCUACUCAGACAUUGGACGCAGGCUGAAGGCCCGGCGCUUCCGCCGCAGCCGGCGCACCGGCCGCCUGGUGGCGCUCAUCAUCCUGGCCUUCGCGGCUUUCUGGCUGCCCUACCACCUAGUGAACCUGGCUCAGGCUGGUCAAGCGCUGGCCGGCCGGGCAGACGUGGGGUCCGUAGGGCAGCGACUGACGCUGGCCCGCCAUGUGCUCAUCGCCCUGGCCUUCCUGAGCAGCAGCGUGAACCCCCUGCUGUAUGCGUGCGCAGGAGGUGGUCUCCUUCGUUCAGCCGGUGUGGGUUUCAUGGCCAAGCUGUUGGAAGCCACAGGCUCAGAGGCAUUUAGCACCCGACGUGGGGUCACCUUGGGCCAGACAGUGAAGGGCGCCCCCACCUCUCCUGAGCCUAACCCAGCUGAGAACCUCACUGUCUCCACUGAACCUCUCCAGUGAAGUGAACUGAACCAGGCCUGGAGAGAGGCGGUGGAAGGACACUUGCUUUCCUCCUGGCAGAAUGCCCCCACGCUGGCCUGACCCAAUUCUGCAUAUUGUGUGGAGGUGGAGAGGAAGAAGAGGGAGGGGAGAGACGAGUAAGGGCAGAGUGAGAUCCUGGCUCCCCUGGGCAGCUUUGCAAUUAAAACUGAAGUCUGAAACUGGGUUAA